UUAUCAUUCUGUCAUUUUAUUUCUCACUCACUCAUAUCAUGUAGCUAAAUCUUACCCAGAAUCCAGCUGAUUAUUGUGAAUAUUUAUAUUAUUUUUUUAAGCAUUAUUUUUUGGAGGAGGAAGUGGAGAUGGCUGCAAUUGUGGAGAAGUCAAAUGCUACAAAAGACCGAGCGAGAUUAGCCCGAGAAAAGAGAGAGGAGAGAGAGAGGACUCAAGCAUCUCGGGAGAAGGAGCUGUUGGAGAAGGAGCAGCGCUCCCGUAAGCAGUAUGAGCGCUCCCUGGAGGAGCGAGGGAGGCGUCUGGAGGAGCAGCGGCAGCGAGAGGAGCGUCGCCGAGCUGCUGUGGAGCAGAAGAGGAGGCAGCGUGGUGAGGAGGAGAAGGAGCACCUGGAGGAGCUGAUGCGGCGCUCGGAGGACCGCGGCCCCCCGCUGGAGCAGAGACCCAAGCGCUGGACAUGGGGCGGCCCGCCACGAGCCUGCGAGGGUAAUCCUAAGAUUGCCCCGCCCUCUUCUGCUGCUUCCUCCAUCUUAGCCAAUGAGCCUGCUUCUCUCCUGUCUGCCAACCAAUCCAAAGCCGUACCAGACUUCAUGAUUCCGCCGGACUGUCCAGAGCUGGACCUGAUCGCCUGCCUUUCCUCCUCUAACUCCUCAGCUGCUUUAGCACAAACAAGAGGGAGAGCCUCACCCAGCCCCCACAGGUCCCCAUAUAAGGCCUCGCCGAGCAGAGCCGAGCGCAGGAAGACCAGCUCCCCAUCUGGACCAUUGGAGGAAUCCCAAGGGGCCGCCACGACCCCCAAAACCCCCCAGACAGAGAAACAAGCCGGCGUGGUCACUGAGUCCUCAGCAAAGCAACUCGAAUCUCCCAUGACGCCCACCAAGAGCUUGGCUGGCUGCAAGAAGCCCAGUACACCCAAAAGGUCCAGGUCAUGUAAGAGCCGUAUCCAGUCUCCGUGUUCUCCCGGCCAAUACCCCAGCUCACCUAUGAGGCACAGAGCCGUGACCCCGGGUGCAGAGAGCAACAAGAGGCUGGAUGGAGAGGACAAAGGACUGGAGAGUAAAAACUCCAGCACUCUGGAUAGGAAAACAACAAAGAGUGAAAAGAUUCCCAAAUCUACAAGCAGAGAACUCGGACAUAACGGAGAGUCUCCAGUGACUCCGACUGGAAAAGCUGGAACCACUGAUGCUGAGGAGGCCUCCAGAGUGCUGGCUGAGAAACGGCGGCUGGCCAGAGUGCAGAAGGAACAAGAGGAGAAACAGCGACUGGAAGAAGAGAGGCUUAAGGCCGAGGAGUUUGAGAGGAAGCAGGCGGUAGAGCGGGAGCGACAGGAGCAGGCGGCUCAGCAGGCGGAGAAGGAGCGGCAGAGGCAAGAGGAAGAACGCAGGAAGAAAGACGAAGACGACAAGCGGCAGAAGGAAAGACGUUUGAAAGAGCUCCAGGACCAGCUGGACAGAGAGAGGGAGGAGGCUUACCAGAGGGUGCAGAGGGAGGCGGAGAGGAAGCAGCUAGAAAGAGAGCAGAUGAAACUGCAGGAAGAGCAAGAGAGACUGCAGAGGAAGAAGCGCAUCGAGGAGAUCAUGAAAAGGACAAGGAAAACUGACGCAGAGCCGAAGAAAGAUGACACGCACGCCGAGUCAAGCUCCUCCGUGAUCGAGUCGGUCUCUGUCUUGGAGUCUGCAGAUGCUGGACAGAUUAAUGGUCCCUCCAUCAGGUCCUCAGAAAGCUCCACUUUUGCCGAGUUUAAGAGAGGAUUCUCUUCGUCCGUCAUGGCUGGCUCACCCGUGAUAACCUUACAGCCUCUGGAAGCUAAGGGGAGUGCGGCUGAUGAUCUUUCAGAUGGUGUCCAGUCCAUGGAUGUCAGCCCAGUCUCUAGAGAGGAGCUGAUGCAAGAAUACUCUCCUGUCAGCGAGAGCUCAGAGAACCUCAUGAGGAACCCUCAGGCGCUGGAUCUCCUGCAUCUCACCGGAGAAGCUGCGUAUCCUAAAGCUGGGGACUGCAACAAAAACCUGAUCCAGAGCUUCAGCAGCACUGCUGCAGACUCGGCGCUCAUCCAGGGUCUCGGGCCGAGCAUGGAUAAGCUCACUGUCUAGUGCAGCAGGGUAUACGUCACAUCUUGGCUGUGUUGAAGAAUGGUUUGGGAUUGUCUGUUGUGCCUCUGUUCCAGCUCCUACAAGCUUCUCCGCGAGAAACCCGUCUGCAUCCUGCGGAAAAAGGAAGGAGCACUGAAUCAAGUAGUUAUAAUACGUAGAAUAAUAAUAAUAAUAAUAAUAAUAAUAAUAAUAAUAAUAAUAAUAAUUAAUAAUAAUUUUCAAAAGAGCUUUGCCUUUCCUUCAUAGGUAUACCAUUUCAACAUAUUUCACUGUAGUAAUGGCUGGGGAAAGCAACUGUAUUGCAACUCUUGCAGCCAUAGUGAUCUUUAUAUUCCUGUAAACACAGCGUAGAGUGGUACACGAGCCUUGUAGCAAGCAACUUUAUACAGUUUUGCUGCGAGAGCACAAAUGACCAGCAAACUGACUGUGUGUAUAUGUGUGUCGAGUGUGACGUGUCAUGUAUCAGGGUUUCACGGUUCUUCAGUAAGCAAA